AUGGAGGAUAAUUCACAAAAGGGUCCAUCAGUGACGGCUAUGGCUACGCCACCGCCCAAUCUGAUGCAACAGACGAAUCAGCUUCAGCAACAGCAAUCUUGGAUAUACAAUUAUCAUCCCCAGAUGUAUUACAAUAACAUGUACUAUGAUCAGCAGCAGCAGUAUUAUGCCAUGAUGGGCUACUCAGCUGCAGCAGCUAGUACAUAUAAUUCACCCUAUGCCAAAGCUCCUCCUCCAACACCACAUACCAACGCAAAUGCGACUGUCGCGCAGAAAGCAGAAGACAAAACCGUGAGCGCCCUUAAUCCUCCACUUCCUCCAGGUCCGCCACCCCCGACGGUGACAGCCUCACCGUCUAUAUUACAGGCACCUGGCACUUACUACCAUCAAGCAAAUCAACAGAACCAGCCGGCAAAUCCGACUAAGUUUGGUGGAAUUCGAUUCACUUUACAACCGCGGCAAGCUAAUAACAUGACACAACAGAAUAAUUCUCUCACCAGCGGCGCUGCGAAGAAAAAACGUAAGCGCCAACAAAAUAAACAACAACAGCAGCAGCAGAUGGCAUCAUUUUAUAAUCCUCCAUUACCACCUCCGGAACAGAAACCGGCUCCACCGCCGGAGAGCAUGCCGCCACUUCCUCCUCUACCGCCGGAUACGUCGAAACCGCCGCCACCAUUGCCGCCAUCGAUAGUUGCGCAACCCAAACCGCCGCAACCGCAACCAAUACCGCCUCCCAAGCUUCCGAAUCCUUAUGAUAAUCCUACACAGCAUUGGCCCGACGAUCUCACCGACUACGUACACCGCGCGUACAAACGUUGUAAGACAAAAUUGGACCGAGAUCAGGUAGAAAUUGUGCUGAAAGGCAAGAUAACUUCGGCGACCAGUUCUGGAGAUCUGUACGUCCGCGACUGGAAACGCGAGCCGUUGCCGAGCAUUCAGAGCGAGAGGAGUCAGCUUGUACCGAAGCUCGUCACUGGCCACUUGGCACAGUUUCAGAAUACUUCGCCUCUGCCAAAGAGUCCUACGAAGAAGGCCGGGUUGUCGGCGGCGAUGGGAGCGCGUUUGGGUGCCAGGGCAUCCACUCUGCGUGGGAGGUCUACAUCUUAUUCCAGGUCGAGGAGUCGAUCUAGGUCGCGUUCGCCAAGUAGUCGUAAAAAAUCGCGGAGUCCACGCAAACACAGAUCAUCCAGUUCCUCUUCCAGCAGUAAAGAUAGUUAUGUUCCUCUGUCGAAAACAAAGAAAGGUGCCAAGGGCAAGUUAUCUGAUAGGUUAGGCAACAACAAUAAUAAUCGUAAGCAGCCAAAUACGCUCGGCGGCAGUAUUGGCAAACAGACAAAGAAACAAAAGCAGAAGGAGAAGAAAGCGGCGGCCGCACAUUUUUACUCCGAGUUCGGCGCUGCUGACGUCGAGGAGAACUCACAGCUGUUGCAGCAGCGCGCGGCGCGUUUCCAUCAGACAGGCGCUUCGAAAUCAUCUGCGUCGAGCGGCGGCGACGCCUCCGCGCAGGCUUCGCUCAAGCGGCGCAAACUUUUUAACAUGAAUCUUGAGAAAUUUAGCGAAGAUAGCGGCGGCGACUUUGACUGGACCGAAUUUCAUAUCGUCGGCGUGUGCCGCGAUGUUGAGAAAUCCUUCUAUCGGCUCACAAAGGCCCCCGAGCCCGGUGAAGUUCGGCCAGUCGAGGUCCUCAAGCUAUCCUUACAGAACGUCAAACGGAAGUGGAAAGAGAAGCCAGACUACUACUACGCAUGUGAUCAACUCAAAUCUAUCAGACAGGAUCUUACCGUGCAAGGAGUUAGGAAUGAAUUCACAGUGGAGGUCUACGAAACGCAUGCGCGUAUUGCCUUGGAGAAGGGUGAUCACGAAGAGUUCAACCAGUGCCAGACACAGCUGAAAGCUCUUUAUGGAGAUCUCGGAGGGAAAAAUCGCAAUGAAUUCGUCGCAUAUCGGAUAUUGUAUUAUAUCUUUACUAAAAAUACUCUAGAUAUAAUGACCGUAAUGAAAGCUUUAACGGACGCAGACAAGUCAGAUGAUUGCAUCGCGUUUGCGUUACGGCUUCGCUCCGCUUGGGGCUGCGGCAAUUUCCACAGGUUCUUCCGCAUGUACAUGAAGGCGCCAAAGAUGGCAGGCUUUCUGGUCGAUUGGUUUAUCGACCGCGAGCGUAAAGAAUGUUUAAGGUGUAUGAUCAAAAGCUACCGUCAAAACAUUUCGGUGAACUUUGUGUCCGGCGAGUUGGCAUUCAAAUCCCUGGACGAUUGUUAUGCGUUUCUCGAACCUUUCGGUAUUACCUACGCGGAUGGCUCGCGCGAGAGCAUAGACUGCAAGAGCAGCACGUCUGCCUUGGCAAACAUUUGAAUCUCGCCCUCCUCAUACACUUGCGACGUUUACAACAAACAAAUUGAGCGCGACGAUGUCAAUUUGUCAAUUUUCGUUUUAGAAAAUAUCAAACACACCAACUAAAAACGUAGACAACAUCCCAUCAUUUAUAAAUCCACAUUACAAACCAAAGUAAUCAUCAAAUGAUAUUUGAAAAUUUGCUAAGACGAAUAUAGAAUGAAAUGAAUGUCCUUUUGGGGCGAACACGCUGAACGGGCACAAAGCAUUUAACCUACUCAACGUUAAAUAAGCAAACCAUUUUUUAAGAGGUACAAGAAAACUUAUUCUGUCUACCUGCUAUGAUAUCGUCGGGAGAGACCUGUUGAAUAAGCGUAAAUAAUCUAUUUAUUAAGGAGUAUCGGCGCAGAUGGGAGGAGUAAACCCGAUCUGCAGCUCUUUUUGUGUACAUAUGUAUAUUUAAAGCAACUUUCAAUAAACUAUUCACGUUCGA